AUGCAUCAGAACUGGACAGGAUCAAGACCGCAUGAGAUUGUGAAGGCACAUAUAUGUCCGAAGUGUCCCAUCCUGAAGCAAAUCUGCGCUCGUUGGUCCGAAGUAGUCCAAGUAUGGAACAUGAAUGAGCAAUCAUGCGAUGUGCUGUUGAUCCAAUCUAAUUAUGGUCCCAUCAGGACGAAAAGACUCGUAGAUAACGUACAUGUGAUGCUCCAUCACUUCGCCAAUGCGCUACACCGGAUGCCAACGAGAGCAUUGAGAAUCUUGUUUGAUGUCCAUCACCAGUACCAGAAGCUCAAAGCGCUUCCAAAGUUUUACACCUGCUCCAAUCAUCAUCGUUCGGGAGUGGUUGGAGCCUUGUUGACAGCAUGUCGAGAGAAUUCGAGCAUUUGGGAUGGCUAUGAGGUGCUCAUACCGGUGCGACAGCUGGAGAAGACGAUUGCAGCACCCAGACUGCCGAAACCAGUUCAUCUGGCUGGCGCGCAUCACACUUUGGUGCAGUCGAAGAAGGAUGCAAGUAAGGCCAACAUCAGGUGUCUGUUGUGGUUCAGUUAG